ACAUCAUUAAUAGAGAUUUGGUAGUUGUUGAAAUAUUGAUUUCCAUUUUCCACUAUCCCCUUGGAUUAUUUCCCAACCAAUAUUACUCUACGACUACUAGUAUAGUGUAGUAUCAUCCAUGUUACAAGAAGUAUACAAAUAUAUAUACCUUACAUCCAAUUAAUUUAAUAAUUUGGGGCUGAAAUUAAGAAAUGGAAUUCCGAAUGGCAAGAGGAGAAAUAUUGCUAAGAGUGUUAGCGAUAUUGUUCUUACUAUUAACAGCUUGUUUAGUUGCUUUUGAUACCGAAACGAAGCUUCUACUAUUUGUUGAGAAGAAAGUUACCUAUAAGGACUUGGAUGUCCUCAAGAUCUUGGUGUAUAUUACAUCUACGGUUGCUGGAUAUAAUAUGCUUCAAUUAUGCAAAUACUCAUUCUCAGCUUGUCCUACAUGGAGCUUCAAAGGCUCUGAUUAUAAUUACAUGGCUUGGAUUAGUUUGUUAGUAGAUCAGAUUGGUGUGUACUUGACAUUGGGGUCAAACAGUGCAGCAUUUGAAGCCGCAAUGUUCGCAUAUAAUGGAUCAGAAGCGUUCCAGUGGAUGAAGGUAUGCGACAAAUACAGCAGAUUCUGCAAUCUAAUUGGAGUGGCAUUGUUAUGUGGCUAUGUAGCAUCAAUAUUAAUGGCUCUCAUAUCAACUAUCUCAGCCUAUAAAGUUUUUAGGAUCUACUCUCCAAACUGCUUCAUGCGUUUCAAGACCAAAUAAUCAUCAAUUACCUUUUUUUCAUUUCAAUGCAUAAUUUUAAGAAAAUAUCGUGCGUGAGUGAUGGAUAUAUUAGCUUGCAAUUUCUUUUUCUUUUUUAUAAUCAUUUGUUUGCAUUUCUCUCUUUUACUGAGUUUUUACCUUUCAUCGUUUAAAGUACUUUUUGCGGAAUAUAUUGGGACUCAACUUUUUCUCUCUCUCUUUAAUUAUUCUUUUCUCUCUUACUUUUUUAUCUCUAUUUUUUAUUUUAAAAUGAAAUAAAAAAGUGAAGAGAGUGACUUGGAGGUUGAGAAACUAAAUCCAAAUAUAUUUUCAAAUGUCAACUUUUGUCUUUAUGCAGUAUUUGGAUAUUAUUUUUUUUCUUAUUAUAAAAUUUGAUCCAGCACUAUUGAAGUUUUCAAUCGUAAUUAUUUUUCUACUAAUCUUCGACACAUGGAAACAAUUUUAAUUAGUUGGAAGUGUUUUUAUGAGGGAUGGGUCAAAUUCAAUUGUGAUAAGACGUUCAAAGAAAAUGAAAAUCGUGUAGGUUGUGGUGGUUUUCUUCGAGAUACUAAUAGAAAUUAGAAAGUGGCUCAAAGGUUUUGUGCACGAGAUUGGAGAUUGUGUCUUCAUGGCAAAAAUGUGGAGUUUGUUUGUACUUGGGUUUGAAGUUAACUUGGCAUGACAGAAUUUGUAUUGUGUAAAAAGUGAUUAUAAAUUGUUUAUUGACAUGAUUACAAAUAAUUACAAAA